UGCACACUUGCACAGUUGUCGCCGCGUGCGAGGUGGACGUGUAUGCGCGCGCGCGUCGAGUAUCGCCGAGUGUUCCGCGCGGAGUUGACGGGACCGGGGACGGGACGGGGAGUCGAAUCGCAGGUUUCGUGGAACGAGGUGAGGUGCGCGAAACCUUCGUGAGUUCGCCGUUCGAAAUUCGGGGGAUCUGAGAGCCGGAGGGUUGGCCCGGCCCGUCGCCGACGGUCGUCGUAGUAUAGCUGUCGACCCCGUGCACGUUCGGAAUGGUAACGGGGCGAGAUCGCGGCGGGCGCAGCGACGCGGGACGGCGGUGCGCCGCGAUGCGAGAUUGAUUCGGGAUCGAUCUCGGACGUCCGUUGGCGUUUCGCGGAAUUGGCCGUCGGGCGCGGGUGCGAGGGGCCGGCCAGCCCAACAGCACCACGGCAGUCGAACGGCGCAAUCGAUAACCCCGCGGGCGCUUUUUGCGCUGGGCCGAGAGAUCGUAAUGGCGAGAGCGUGGCGUCGAUGGACGAUAGGCGGCAAGAGUGGGAGACAGUGGUAAAAACAAAUGCUGAAUCGCCAGGGAGUCGCGCAUCGCUGACGAAGUUUCUUUAUAGAUGUGGACAAGAAUAUUAUGUGUAUCCGUUACUCUUGAUUGAUACGUCAUCUUUUAAAUAUGGAUGACGAGGAAGGAGCCUCAAGUUCUGGACCUAUGUCUUCGUUAAACAGUUUAUUCUCGUUCACCAGCCCGGCUGUGAAAAAAUUGCUCGGCUGGAAGCAAGGGGACGAGGAGGAGAAAUGGGCUGAGAAAGCAGUGGACUCGUUGGUGAAGAAACUCAAGAAGCGAAAGGGCGCGAUCGAGGAACUGGAGCGUGCGCUGAGCUGCCCUGGAACGCCCAGUAAAUGCGUGACGAUUCCUCGAAGUUUAGACGGUAGAUUGCAGGUUUCGCACCGCAAGGGUUUGCCGCACGUGAUAUAUUGCCGAGUCUGGCGAUGGCCGGACCUCCAGUCGCAUCACGAGUUAAAACCGCUGGACCUGUGUCAAUAUCCAUUCUCUGCCAAGCAGAAGGAAGUCUGCAUCAAUCCCUAUCACUACAAAAGGGUGGAGAGCCCGGUACUGCCACCGGUAUUGGUUCCUAGACACUCGGAAUAUGCUCCCGGCCAUUCUCUGUUGCCAUUUCAGCAAUUGGCCGAUCCAAGCAUGCCGCACAACGUGUCCUAUUCGUCUAGCGGUUUUAACGCCGGUUCUACGAGCGGCGUUAAUCCGACGUCGCCCAUGUCCUCCGUCGGUUCCGUGCCCAGUCCCGGGAGUACGACUUUGCCAAACCCACAGAGCCCGUACGGUACCAAUGGAUUACCGGAGACACCGCCGCCAGCGUACUCUCCGCCCGAAGAUGGCUCUCAGACCGGGCAAACCACGUCGUCGGACUCGGUUCCAAUGGACACGAGCACGCCAAUUGAAACAGCUACAGCCGUCUGUUACCAAGAACCACCUUACUGGGCCUCGAUCGCCUAUUACGAACUGAAUUGUCGGGUGGGCGAGGUGUUUCAUUGUCACUCGCACUCCGUGAUUAUUGACGGCUUUACAAAUCCGAGUAAUAACAACGAUCGCUUCUGUCUCGGGCAGCUGUCCAAUGUGAACCGAAAUUCUACGAUAGAGAACACGAGGCGGCACAUAGGCAAAGGAGUGCAUCUGUACUACGUUGGGGGAGAGGUUUAUGCUGAAUGUCUCUCGGACUCCGCGAUAUUUGUACAAUCUAGAAAUUGUAAUCACCAUCACGGCUUUCAUCCCAGUACAGUUUGUAAGAUUCCACCGGGAUGUUCGUUGAAGAUAUUCAACAAUCAAGAAUUUGCCCAGCUUUUAUCGCAAAGCGUGAACCAUGGUUUCGAAGCUGUCUACGAGUUAACGAAGAUGUGUACGAUUAGAAUGUCUUUCGUAAAGGGAUGGGGUGCGGAGUACCACAGGCAGGAUGUUACAUCGACUCCUUGCUGGAUCGAAGCACAUUUGCACGGACCUUUGCAAUGGUUAGACAAAGUGUUAACGCAGAUGGGUCCGCCUCACAAUGCCAUAAGUUCUGUGUCAUAAGUAAUAUGCACGCAUCGCAGAAAUUUAUUUUAAAAGAAAAGGACAAUUAGUCUCGAUGCACUUUUAAGAGUUUAUAUAUAUAUAUUGGCUGGUAUUUGCCACACACAUGUGAGAGUUACGGAGACUGUGCACAGACGAGAUACAAUUACAGUAAGUUGCCCUCAGCCCUAUGUUAUACCUAUGUUAAAAAAAAAUAAUAUUUUAUGGAGAAAAAUGAUAAUAAAAUGAGCGAGAAAUGUAAUGUUCAAAAGAAAUAUAUAAGAAUUUACGAGAAAUUACGCGAGAAAAAGAUAUUCAAUGAUCUUUGGGAGUUAUCGUAAUCGCGGAAUGUAUACACUUAGACGCUGUAAAACUCUUUGGCUGUUACAUAGGGACAGAAUUGUGUAUAUAUAGAGAUAUAAUAAUGGUAUAUAUAAAAAAAGAAAUAUUUUUCAAAUCUAUGCAUCAGCCUAAUACUUUAUUUUAUACGGAGACUUAUUGUGGAGGUAUUUGUCAAUGUUGUAAUACAAACAGAAUCCUUUUAAUUGAAGCCUUAGACAACUUUAAAAUUGAUUGUGAUGAAAAAAAAGAAAUAUAUGAUUGCAAUUGCUUGAUAAAGAAGAACAUCAGUUCUUCAAAUUAUAGGAAGCGAAAAGAAAAGAUAUUUUCUGUCGUUUAAAUUAAGCAUAAUCUCACGAUUAUGUCUGUUAAGUUACGUGUGUGCUUUAAAGUACAUUUACGUCUAUAAUGUCUAUAUAGAUCUACUCAAAUUUAUCGUUAAACGACUUAUAAUAGUGCGGGCUCUUAUUGACUACGUGUACGACGGCUUGUAAUCCGAUUUAAUAACUACUGUAUAUACUAUCCGAUCCAAAAUUUUUCUUCUUUUGAUCAUAAUAAUCAUUUAAAUAUGAGCUUUUUUGAUACUUAAACUACAACUUUUAGUAUACAAUAUAUAUCAAAGAUUGUUUCAAGUGUUCAGAGUAUCAAAAUAGGUUCAUAUUUAAAUGAUCGUUAUGAUCGGGAAAGAAAAAUUUUGGAUCGGAUGGUAUACGGUAGUUACUAAACCGGAUUACAAACCGCUUUGUAAACGUAGUCAUCGAUGAAUGAUGCGAUCUAUAUUUCAAUGUAAGGUAUUGGACGUUGAUCUCAUGUUGACUAUCGGAAAAGUUAACUGCGUCCGAUGAUAUGUUGAAACAAACUCGCUAAUCUACAAAAAGAUCUAUGGUUUGCUCCAUCUCUAUGUACAUUACAUUGCAUUGUACUCUUCUCGAUUAUUGUAUUGUGCAACAUGCUUUCCGUAUUGCAAUUCCUAAAAACAGUACACGGUUAGGUAAGUUUUAUGUGUUAUAAAUAUAUGAAAUUUUAUGUGCUGUAUAUAUAUUUCUGUAUGGGAAUUGUCCUACACACGUAUAUACAAGUGUGUUGUGUGUAUGUGUGUGUGUAAUGGAAAAGAAGUCAUCUAUUAGUAAGUUUAUACAUUGCUUGACGAAAAAGUUACGUUUAUUAAUUGAUUGGAGCUAAGCUUGAUAUUACGUUUGUUACUUUUUUUACAUUACGAAAGGUGCCAAAAAGAAUUGAAAUAUUCGCAUAAUAUGUUAAUUUGACGCACUGUGAUAUUUCAUCAGAGAAAUGCAAUUUUUUCAUUGUAUGUAAUCACGUUUUCAAAGUCUUAAAUCGAGUAUCUCGAAAGUACACAGAUUUCUAUGAGUGUCUUAAAGCCGUCAGAUAUUAACAGUGCCUAAUUAUAGACAAUACCAUCUUAUUUCACUGCCAUUUGCUGUCACUAGUUUUGCCGAUGUGUGCCUAGCUGUGAUUCUUUGCUAUUUGGCAAAUUUGCGAUUCGGUGAUAAACAAAAGAAAGUAUGAAGGGGAACAAGGCUACUUAUUUGGCUGAUAGCGUUAUAAUUUUUCCAUGUUAGAUAAAAAAAACUAGUAAGAGAUAAGCCAUUUGCUUAAUUAAGUGAUAAAGAAAGAAUAAGAUGUAAUUUAUAAUUGGAUACAAUUAGAACAGGAUACAAACGUACAAACGUAAACGUCGACAGAAUGUUUAUUCGAUAUUGCAUGUGGUACAAUUGCGCUAAGUGCACAAGCGAUGGAGACAAUAAACGACGAAUACAAAAAAAAAAGGUAAAAUGUAAGAUACUUUCAGCCCGUUUUAAGGAAAAUUUAUUGUUUGAUACAAUGGUAGUUAAUCUGAUCGAAUUUUGUACGGGAGGAACCGAUCAGUAUUCUAUAUUAGAAGAUAAAACUGUAAAAGUAAGUAGGAAAAAAUGCUGUAUGUUUAUGGCCAUUUCUGAAUCUUCAAAUUGGUUCCUUUCUGCAAGAUAUGAUCUGAUUUUGCCUGAGAUAUUUUAUCGAGAAAUGCACACAAAUUAGAAAUCUCUUAUAGCGAUCGUAAUCCGCGUCGCUGAACUAUUGAAUAGCGAAACGAUUAGAAUGAUGUUGCGAAAUCUUUUCAACACGUUGAACUCUGUCACGUUCGAAACGAGCACGAUGCAUUACGAUGUAAGAUGUACAUAGAUAGUUUCUCAUACGCACGAUUAUACUUGUAAGCUUAUAUUUCACGUUAUCGCCACGUCUUCGUUUUCUUGCUAACUAAAAAUCAUUUAUAGAUUAACCGCGAAGCCCGUUUACAAAACGAUCUUGCCUAAGCUUUUGCGCCUGAUCCUCGAAAUGAGCCUACUUCCUUUGAGGUCUGCGAAUUGAGAAUUCGACUUCAAACUUAACGCUCUCAAGAAUUGAUGGAACACUGUACUUUGUUGCGCACCGCCCAAGUUUGUGCCUUGGAUGCCUUUUAUAUUAUGUAGUUAUAAAAGCGACAUGAUAUAUGCAAUUUUUUAAUGUAAAAUAGCAGGAACGUAGGGGUGAAACAUGUAUCCGAAAGUGCACAAAAGUUUUCCCGUAAGAGAAGAAAAUUGUAUAAGAGUCCCCUCGAUUGUUCGCAUGUAAAAUAAAUGUACAGUUCUGUGUUUGCACUGCAAUGUCACACAUACUAUAGUACACGUAUGUAUUAACGCUAUGUAUUAACGUCAGACGGGGAAUUGCUUGAUAUCGAGCCUUAUUUGUCUAACAUAUUUGUCCAAUGAUUACAGUCAUGCGAUAUGAAUCAAGUUUCGAGCACUCAAGCUACCGCGGAGAGGAAAGUUCUCGUGCCUUUGAUAUGUAGAAAGAACUGAGCGCAUCUCCAAUGAUACAUGUAAAGUGUGCUGCGAACCGAUAAACUACUGGCUCUUAUUGUUUUCAAACAUGAAUAUGUUCCUAUUUACAUAUUUGAUAUAUUAACGCGUAAUAUACAUUUUCCUUAUUAAUCUAUCAACCGUUACGUCAUUUAUUUUCUUAUCAUUUUUAGAUCAAAAAAAUGCUCCAGGCGUCCGUUCGUUAAUCCUGACAUAGAAGCGCUCGGUUCCUUUUAUAGAAAAGCCGUCUAUUAAUGUAAAGGCCGUGAAGAAUAAAUAGAUGAGCGAUUGAAGUGCGAAGGUGCGAUUUGGAAACGGGCUCGCGCGAUAUAUUCCGCACGCGUCAGUGACGCUGUAAAUAUAUUAAAUCUUGAUAGCCGUGUUUGAGAGAGAGCACGUCUCUUCGGAAUCCAUUCCACAUUAUUGUACCGUUAGAGAAGAUAACCGCGGGUUUUUUUUUUUCUUUCCCCCUUGUGCGAUUUCUCGAGACGCUCAUGUGGCUGCAUCGUGUUGUUCACAACUAUCAGCGACGACGUAGGCACACGAGCUUCCUCUAUCUCUGUACAGCCGCCACCUCUGCGAGAAAAUAGAACGUAGUUAUCGUAAAAACAAUACGGAGUUGGACGCGCGUUAGCCGCCAAAAUCGUGGCACAUAGUACAUUUUAUUUCGCACGUUCUUCUUUUCUUUCUGGUGAAAAAGACAUUUUAUGUACAGAACGACAUUUUUAGUUGUACGUACAUACAUAUAUGUAACGUAUGUGUGUAGGUAUAUGUAUAUGAUGUAGUGAAGAGAUGGUAGAAAAUCUUUGUGUUAUAUGUGACAUAUUAUACGGUAAGAGAUUAGACCUUUAAUGAAAAACUAGCGUAAAUGGUUGACUUAGUUGAACAGGUCUGCGUAUACAAAGUAUGUACUUUGUUACCACGGGAAAAAAAAGAAUGAAAUGUUCGAACACGUCCCAGCACUGAUUGAGCGCUCCGUGCACCGAUAAAGGAUUUCCGUCGUCGUUGCCGUCGGCGAAAUUUUUAGGCCCGGCAGGAUAAUGGCGUCCAUGGGACUUAGGGUAAAUUCUUCGUGAUCAGCUGUAACAUGUAUCGUUCGGCAUAGACGGCAUAUAAAUUAUCCGCUCGGUCUCCACGCGCCUUCACCUGUGCUGUCCACGCAUGCAUUUCUGGUAAUCGUUGUCUUGUGCAGCUCUACCAAGUAUGAAAAUAAAAUUAAUACCUACCUGUGUAUCUA